AUUGUUUUUCGUCGUUUUAGUAUUGCAUGCUUAGAUGACAGGGAAGUAAGGUUCAUUCUGUGAUUUCCCUGGGAGCACUCUGCCUAGCAGCAUUAAAGUGAGACCUAUAGGAUUGUGGAAUGUCGGAUCCAAAUGGAAGGACAGGAAAGAUCCUCAACACCUCCCCAAAACAUGGAAUGGAAUCCAGAGCAUUCGACUCUGGUUACAUGGAUUCUGGAGAAAUCAUGGAUUCAGCCUCCGGCCUGAAUGUUGAGAUUAAAACGAUGUCCUGCACCAGAGACAGGGACAAUAGACAGAUACCUCAAGUGAAGGAGCCGAAGACCAUGUCCAGUGGUACACGAUGCAAAAUAGACUACAAUCGUAGUGACAGUGGAGUUGACAUUGGGUUGAAUGAGCAGCUGAGCCAGUUGCAACUGGACGAAGUUCGAUCAGACAGUGGAUCGUGUUUGGACUCGGGAGUAUUGAGCGGUGAUUCAACCCUCCCCUCUCCUGAUCCGCAUUGUCUCCAGCUGAAAAAUUCUCCUCUUGGAAUCGACGAGGAUCAUAUGAAGAAGCUCGUCUCGGAUGCCUUCAAGCAGGAUCAAGAUGGAGAUACAUACCUGCAUUUGGCGAUCAUGCAAGGUUUCGUCGAGGUCGUGUUUAGUUUGAUCCGAUUGGCUACGAGUGCCAGUCAACUCAACAUUCCUAAUGACUUGGGCCAGACCCCAUUGCAUUUGGCCGUGCUGUAUGGAGAACCUCGAAUCGUGAGGAGGUUGGUCCUUGCUGGGGGUGACGUGAAUUGUCGAGAUAAAGAAGGGAACACCCCACUGCAUUUGGCUUCCAUCAAGGGAGAUCUUCCUUCCUUACAUCAAAUGAUCCGUCCUAUCAGCUCUCUUGAAGCGAAUUCCCUCUUCCAGAGAUACACUGUCGUUCCGCAAUUCGCCAGGGAUUUCAAUCAGAGGAAUUAUGAAGGAAGAGCCUGCAUCCACUUGGCGGCGUGGAAUGGCCACUCCCACGUUUUACGUUACCUUCAUGCCAUCGGUGGGGAUAUGAACCUCAAGGAGGGGAAAGGCGGAGAGACGGCUUUGCACGUGGCCAUUCGACGUGGGGACGUGAGAAUGGCUGGGAUGUUGAUGAAGGAAUGUGGGGCGGAUCCUAGGGUAACGGAUUACCAAGGAUUCAACGCCCUUCACCUGGCCCAAUGGUCAGACACUCGUCAUCCUCAUUUAACUGCGUUCAUCCAUGAUCUCAUCCGGCUGCGAGUCCCUUCGUCACCCCUUCCGGCGUCCAUCCUCAAUGAAGACUCAUCCUCUUCCGAUGACGAGGACGAUUUCCCAUCCUUCCAGACUUUGUGGGUGCUGGAACUGAUGCUUGUCAUGGCUUUAUGUUUUUCAGCCCUGGGUACAAAAACAAAGAUGUACAUUGAUAUUGCUGCAAAUAUCACUUGCUUCCGAAGAUUCAAUAGCACAUCUCAGACAGGCUGCUCCUCUCAUAAAGAUGGGAAUGUGGGCAUUGUUCAUGUGGUAAGUGGAAGGGAAGACACAAACUGGAUCCUCACUGAAGGUGGAACACCUCCAUAUGUCCCUGUACUCUAUGGAAGCACUACUUCUCCUGCGAACUUGACAGAACUUGCUUGGUCCUCAAGGGUCAGUGCUAUUGUAAUCCUUGAUGAUCUGGAUGACACCCUUGUAGGCAACUGGAUAAAUUUUUCAAGUGAUGCAAAAUGUCCCAACUAUCCUUUCAGUUUUUAUCAAGAGCGAGAUAAAUGCACUACAAGAAAUUCUUGGAAUCCAGCAGGCUAUGAUUUGGCUCAUCUUGAUUGGCCUAUUCCAGUGAUGUUCUUGGAUGCUCAGGCUGAUUCAGACAGGCUUGUUAAUCAUUGUUACAAGACGUUCAAUAAACCAUGGAAUGGAACUGGAGGGAAGCUUGAGGAUAGGUCUUAUCCAUUGUGUGCUUUACAGCUCACCACUAGAAUGCUUGGAGCUGUUAAUACACCAACGUGUAUGAGACGGGGAGAUGGGGAGCUACUCCUCUUUGGUGGUGGUGGUGACUCUGUGCAAUGUGAGCCUCUUGGUGGAGACAGCAUCCACAUGCCCCUUGUUCCACGACAAAAGAAGAAUUUCAACUACACUACUGGUUCAGUAACAAUAGUGGCAGCUCGGAUGGACACCUCAAGUCUUUUUGCAAACAUUGGCCCUGGUGGUGACUCAGUAGUUACUGGGCUCGUGACUUGGAUGAUCACUGCUCAUCUCUUGUCCCGAAAGGAGUUUCGUGCUGGACUAAAUUCAUCUAAUGAGAGCAUCCAUUUCAUGCUCUUCAAUGGGGAGGCUUGGGGUUACAUUGGAUCCAGUCGCAUUCUCUAUGACAUGGCAGAAGGCUCAUUUCCUGAAGCCAUGGAUGAAACAAAAGAGAUUCAACCAAGUCUAAUGAAAGUUGAGCAUAUAAAGCAAUGGAUUGAAAUAGGGCAAGUGAGUCCCAGUUCAAGAGGAAACCCUGUCUUGUAUGUACAUUCUAAUGCACCAAAUGAUCCUCAGGUGGAAAAGAUGACAAAAUUGCUAAGUAAUUACAGCAACAGCAAGAUUGGAAAAGCAAAUUCUGGUGUUCAGCUCCCUCCCUCUUCACUCCAUUCUGCUCUCAAAGCAAAUAAAACCAUUCCUGGUAUCCUGCUGGCCAAUUUUCCUGAUUCUUCAUUCCAGAAUUCGUUCUAUAAUGGUUUCAAGGAAGUUGGAAAGGCCUUGAAUUUUGAGUGCAACUCUACGCAGAUAUCAGCUCUAGCACAGCACCUGACAACCACAGCUGAGGCAUUGGCCUCGUCCGUGUAUGAUUUGAUUACAAACAAAGGGCCUUCUUUUGAUGUCAGCCAGCUCAUUAAUGUCUCCACUGUGCGUUUUCAGAAUGAGAAUUGGUCAGAUUUGUGA